CAGAGUGGAAAGGUCGGCGUCUCCUCCGCCUCUCUCCUUCGGAACCAAGAUGGCGGACCAGGGCUCUCAAGGGGAGUCGCAGGCGACCUUCGCCAAAAGGAUCGACCCGAAGACGGAGCCUCUCACCCCGGAGCAGGCCCACCUCAUCCGGAAAGUGGAGAUGGAGCAGUGGAGGAAAAAAUCCCAAAAGCUACGGGGCCGUAACGUGGUGACCGGCUUAGCAAUCGGUGCCGUAGUAAUGGGCAUUUACGGCUACACUUUUUACUCGGUGUCCCAGGAGAAGAUUCUGGACGAGCUGGACGAGGAGGCCAGGGUUGCGAGGAUGAGAGCGCCAAAGACGUCGGCCAACUGAGACUCCGAGCUGCUCCGUUUCUCCCGGAGAAGGAACUGCAGCUGUGCUUAUAAGAAAUGCAGACUUUAUCAUGUUUUUCCCUGUCUCGGGGACAGGCUGUGCUUUCUUCGCAGGGACUAGGGGUAAAAAAAACUGGAUCAGUUUUCUUUCCGUCAGGAAUUGCUCGUGUGUAUAUUUCUGUUUUCUUUGGGACUGAAGGAGAUCUGUCGAGACCGAAAGCCUGGAGAAUUGGAAUUGAAUUCUGUAGACCAGUACAUAACGCAGGCACCUCUAAGCCUGUGUCCUCUCUCAUCCCCACUAGUGAUCAGACUUGCAGCUGCUAAGAAGUUUCUAUGAAAAAAAUCUUUGUAUAAAUAUUCUGUAUUAUCGAGUGUACACUGGUAACAUUUUGAUCGGGUUCAGGCCAUUUUCAUCUAAUCAUCAGUGCAGACUAGCAACCGAUUCGGCCUCUCGCUGCAGUGGAAUGAGUCCAUAUCACUGCAUGUCAGCAGGAUCGUUCGAGCUGGAUACAGGACUGAGUUGGCAAGUGAUUAUUACUGUUAAGUUGUAAACUCUUCUUCCUGACAGGAAGCUAAAAUUAUGGCCUUUCUCCUGGUUUCAUUCUGGAUGUAUUGCCACAAUAAACUGGGCAUUCAUGUUGA